AUGCAGUUCAAGAACAUCUUCGUCCUCGCUCUUGCCGGCCUCGCUGUCGCUGCGCCGCAGAACAAACCCAAAAACAACAGCAAGCAAGCCAUCGAGGUUGCCAAGCAGCAGAAAGCCGGCCUGGCCUGCGAGAAACCCGCAGCGGAUGGUUCCAUCUUUUGCGGCGAUGGAAGUGGUGCAGGAUGCGAUGUCACCCUCAAGGGCAAUGUUAACUGCGGCUAG